GGAAUUUCCAGAGGGGGCGUCGUUCGCAGUAUCCUGGGAAAGAGCUGGUGGUACAAGACGCUGGGAACGAUGGCUACGAAGUCUAGUUUUGCGUUGUGUGCUGCAUUUUUCCUCCUCCUAGCCGGUGUACAACAUACGACCGCUCUUGUAGGCAGUUUGAGCCACUGUAAGUCUGACGACCACUGUGUUCCUUGGGAGUUCUGUGCCAAGCCGCCAAAUGACGACAACGGGAUGUGUGUGGGAAAGGACUGUUACAAGCAGGCCGACUGUGCGCCGGGGUCCGUGUGUGAUUUUAGGGAUGCGGCGUUGACCGGCGGGCGGGGGCAGUGUUCCGAGCCGCCGAAGUCAACAAAACCAGUCCCGCCACCCAACAACAACCAACAAGCUCAACAAAAUGCACCUCAAAAUCCAGCCGUACCGGCGAAACCCACCACAGUGGUAACAAAACCAGCCAUACCCAAACCCCUAGCACCUCCACAAAAACCGGCGACGUUGCGGCUGAAACCGAUGACGAGUACACAGAACACGAUGACGGGUAAACAACGACCGGCGACGGAACCACAGAAACCGGUGACGUCUCCCCAACUUCCGCCGGCAGUGAUGGCGAACCUUCCCGUCAUGCCACCGAAGCCUCAAGUUGCGCUCGGCUCCAAACCAACAUAUGAAAUGAUGAAGUUCUGUAUGAAAGACGCGGACUGUGACAGCACCAGCUACUGCGAGUCGAGAGAGAACCAAAUCGGCGUGUGCAAACAGGGAAGGAGGCCGGCUGGCAUCUAUGGCCAGGUGUGCGGGCAGGACACGGACUGUGGUCUGGGUGGACGGUGUGACCGCACGGUGUAUUAUGGCAUCAUGGGAAUCUGCCGCGGAGAGAAGAAACCUGCCCCUCCCCGCCAACAAUCGGACGUUCCACUCCCUCCAGCCAACCCGAUGAAGUACUGCUACCGUGACAGAGACUGUACGAUAGAACAGCGGUGUGACACCUACUACAUGCCGCAAUACGGCUAUGGUAUCUGCGCAGAAGACCUGUCUGCAUUGUCUCUGCCGCCCUCAGAAGUGCGCCAGGUCGUGUUGAAGGGCGCCCGGCUGUACGGGUCCGCCAAAACCUGCCGCGGCGACCGGGAGUGUCCCAAAUGGGAGUACUGCUCGGACCAGACCGGGGUCACCGUCGGCUUGUGUACGGGCCAGGACUGCUACAGUGACGCAGACUGCGAGGGCGCGAAAUGCAAGCAGGGAAGCAUGAAUCCCAAACGAAAGGGAUACUGUAUGAUGUAACAUUCGUCAGUAUUAAUAAUUAGUGGAAAUGUUAUGAAUGAUACAAAGUCCGCACCAAUCCAAUUGUUUUGCUUAAUGGAAACAUCUUUGCUGCAAAUUAAAUGUUAUCGACAAUACCAAAGUAUAACUCUUACAUCUUGAAUUAAAAAGCUCAGGUUAACCAAGUAGUCAUGUCUGUGGACCAAUGAAUGCCAAUAGCGAGUGAUGCAGUUCAUUCAACUUCCGCUAGAUGACGCCAAUGUAUAGUGGACUUAUGCAAACAGCCAGUGGGUCAGUGCAAGACUUUAUAGACUGAAGUACCGAAAUAUAUGCUUGUUGUUGAAACUUGGAAUUGAAUCGACAAAGGGACGAUGAAGGCAGUUGUCUACAAAACAACGAUUCUGUGAAGUUAGCUUUCUCAAUCUUUUUGAGUUGGACAAUUGAAUCUGUGAAUCUGAAUUGAAGCGCUGUGAAAUAAAAACAAUAC